AGAGAGUCAGAGAAACACAACUAGCUAAAACAUUCAAUUGCGUAGGUGGCAAAAUGGCCUGCAGACUGUCCAUUACAGAGGAGCAUUUCUACUGCCCCAUCUGCUGUGACAUCUUCAGGGAUCCCGUACUCCUACCCUGCUCUCACAGCAUCUGUAACAGCUGCGUGAAAACCUUCUGGAACCGGCGAGGAACUCAAGAGUGUCCUAUCUGCAGAACUGUGUCCUCCAACCCUAACCCACCUAUAAACAUUGUGCUGAGAAACAUGUGUGAUCUGAUGAGAGAAGAAACAACUCAGGAGCCUCCCGUAGAGACUGUGGAGUUCUGUAGUCUUCAUGGAGAACCUCUUACUUUCUUCUGCACUGAAGAACAAGAACUAGCUUGUGGGAAAUGCAGAAAUGACAAAUCACAUAAGAACCACCGCAUCCAUUCAACAGCAGACCUCAGGAAACAAAAGUUUCAUGGGAACUUGCUGAUCAAUGCUGAUCCAUUUGUGGAUAUGCCGUCCUGGGAUGAAACAGCAGAGUAUAUUAAGAAGCAGAGCCAACACACUGAGACUAAAAUUAAGGAGGCGUUUGAAAAGCUUCACCAGUUUCUGGAAAAUGAAGAGGCAGCCAAGAUGAUGACGCUGAGGAAAGAAGAAGAGCAGAAGAGUGAGAUAAUUAAAAAGAAGAUUGAGGAGAUUAGAUCAGGGAUGUUAUCUCUCUCACGCAUUAUUCAGUCCAUCGAAGAACAGCUAAAAAGGAAUGACUUCACAUUUCUUGUGAACUACAAGGCUACAAUUGAAAGAACAAAGUGUAAAAUGCGGGAUCAUACCAGACCUUCAGGAAUGCUCAUCAAUGUAGCAAAACAUGUGGGUAACAUAACCUUUGAAGUAUCGAAGAAACUACAAGCCAACGUCCGAUACACCCCAGUAACCUUUGACCCCAACACCGCCCAUCCUUAUCUGCUCGUGUCGGAUGAUCUGACCAGUAUAACUUACACUGACGAGCAUUUCCAACAGCUUCCAGCAAACCCAGAGAGAUUCGACGGCUACACAAGCAUUCUAGGUUCUGAGGGCUUUAACUCGGGGACUCACUGCUGGGACAUCGAGGUGGGCGACAGCACAGCCUGGGCCGUGGGAGUGAUCACAGAGUCCGCAUACAAACACAGACAGACCCCCUCCAAAACGGGCCUGUGGUAUGUGGGCUUCUGCAAUGGUAAAUACGGGAAGGGCUAUUCUCCAGAGAUCCUCGCCCUUCUACGGGUCACCCAGAGAAUUCAGAGGAUCAGGGUGCAGCUGGACUGGGACAAGGGCAAAGUCACAUUCACCGACUCGGCUCGUAAUAUCGGUCUGCAUGUGUUUAAACACACGUUCACUGAGAGAGUGUUCCCUUACUUUUAUAGUCACUGUAUGAAACAUCCAAUGAGGAUCAUACCGGUAAAGACAGCUGUGGAAGCACACGUUUAG